AACCUACACGGCCCAGAAAACACUAUCAAUAUUCGACUCGGACUAGUAUGAAAUUUACUUCACUCACCACUAUUGUUAUAUCUGCCGCAGCGAUGGCUGGCAUAGCUAUCGCGUCUAAUUCAGAUACAACACCCAUGAAUUUACCCUGCAAUCUUAUAAAUUCAAUACAAUGCGGAACAGGCCUCAAAGGCUUUAACAACGGGUUGGAUUACGGGUUUGUCUGUGGACCUCAAGGGACAAUUAUAUCAUACGCGGCGUGUCCCUGCAUAGGUUGCUGUGAGAUCGACAUGGAAAACUAUGAAUUUGAGUGUCAGUUAAUAUGUGGCACUAUGUUGUGCAUAAGCUUUUCCCUCACAUGAAUUGGACCUUAUUAGAUUGCCAUAAUGGGGUGGGAAUGGCAACCUAGUCAUAGUAAGAUCUUCGUCAUCCCACUUAUAACUGCCAGUAAGUAAUACCACGAAUUCGAAUAAACUGUUUAUGUUGAAGGUAGCACGUGAGGAACGCGACGCGUGA